AAGAGUCUUAAAGACAGGUCUCUGUAUUAGACCUUGUAGUACGCUUACCUAGAUCUGAGAGGGACUUUCAGGAUAGAACAUGAUUCCAUGUGGAUGGCUCAUGAACAAAAAUGAGAAACACGAUGAUAAACUGGUAAUGUUCACCAAUCAAUCUGAAGAUUCUGAAAGAUGUGAAAGCAUGGAGCUGGACAAAAGAAUCCAAGAUCUGAUUGAGAGAAAUGCUUCUCCUCAUCCAAAACGGUUCACCCCAGAGGCCAUGCCAACUCACAGAAAUCUAUGUUCUCCAAAGACUCCAGGAAAAACAGCUUCCAUGGCACAUUUUGUACAGGGCACAUCUAGAAUGACUGCUGCAGAAAGUUCUACGGGGCAUAAAGAGUGUGCUGAAUCAUCAACAAGAAAGAACUUGACGAAUUCUCUUGAACAAAAGAUAAGGUGUUUGGAAAAACAGAGGAAAGAGCUCCUGGAAGUUAACCAGCAAUGGGAUCAGCAAUUUAGAAGUAUGAAAGAGUUAUAUGAAAGAAAGGUAGCAGAGCUGAAGACGAAACUGGACGCCGCAGAAAGAUUCCUCAGCACGCGGGAGAAGGAGCCGCAUCAGAGGCAGAGGGAGGACGACAGGCAGAGAGAGGACGACAGGCAGCGCGACCUGACCCGGGACCGGCUGCUGCGGGAGGAGAAGGAAAAGGAACGCCUAAAUGAAGAAUUACAUGAAUUGAAGGAAGAGAAUAAACUUUUAAAGGAAAAAAAUACUCUUGUGAACAAGGAGAAGGAACAUUACGAAUGUGAAAUAAAACGCCUCAAUAAGGCUCUUCAGGAUGCCUUGAAUAUCAAGUGUUCAUUUUCCGGGGACUGUUUGAGGAAGUCUCGAGUGGAAUUCUGCUAUGAGGAGAUGAGAACAGAAAUGGAAGUUCUGAAGCAGCAGGUGCAAAUAUACGAAGAAGACUUCAAAAAGGAACGAUCGGAUCGAGAGAGACUUAAUCAAGAGAAAGAGGAGCUACAGCAAAUUAAUGAAACUUCCCAAUCCCAGUUGAACAGGCUGAAUUCCCAGAUAAAAGCUUGUCAGAUGGAGAAAGAAAAACUAGAAAAGCAAUUAAAACAGAUGUAUUGCCCAACCUGUAACUGCGGCUUCGUUUUCCACCUGCAAGAUCCAUGGGUACCAACAGGACCUGGAGCUGUGCAGAAGCAAUGGGAGCGCCCAGUUUAUCCUCAGUAAAGAAAGUCAAUCAGUAGAAGUACACACUAACAGAGAGGGACAACAGGCAACGAGGGAGCGUGGCUGAGGACCCUCUUCUUUGUUUAUACUGAGGCUUGUUUCUGCCACAAAGGCACAUCAUCUACCCUGUUAUUUGUGCCUGGUCAUGUUUUCCUUUGGAAUGAAUACAGGAAAAGCCUUCUGACAGCUGAGAUCCUGAUCAAAUCGGAGGAGCCAAUUAUUAUACAACCAAAUACAACUUCCAGUUUCCUUGAAAUGAGACUUGGCAGAUGGAUGAUGCACGACUCCCUGAAAAUCUCUUCAGCAUAUUGCUGUUGGAUGCACGAAAAUGAUUCUAUGAUUUAAGCAACUCAGUGUUUGCUGCA